UCUAAGGUUUUGAUGAAAAAUAACUGUACUUUCUGGAGGGAAAUUUGAAGACUUUUAAAAUUUUAACUUUAUUGUGGAUGUUUUCAGGCAGGAUAAAGAAUAAUACGAACCCCAACAUGUUCAACACCUAGCUGUAAUUAAAUUCAUUCGUAAAUACCUUUGUAUCCUUCCCCCUUUUUUCCUGUGGUAUUUCAAAAUUGUAUUUUAUCCUCCUAUAAGUAUAUAUUACCAAAAAGGACAUUAUAUUUUAAAAUAAUCAUGAUGCUGUUAUACCAACAUAAAAAAAAUAAGUUUAAAACAAUAAAUUUGUUUCUUAUGUUGGUGUAACAGCAUGGUGGUUAUUUGAUAAUCUUGUAUACCCCCAUAUUCAAAUUUUCCCAAUUAUUUCAAAGACAUAUUUUUACAAUAGGUGUGUUCAGAUCUGGAUCCAGAUAGAGUCCACACAUUGCAUUUGGUGGCCAGAGCUAUUAAACUUACUUAAUGCAUGACAGUUUCCCUCCUGUGUUUUGUUUUGGUUUGUUUUAAUUGGUGCUGUUGAUUUGUAGAAAAACUAGAUCGUCUGUCCGUAGAAUAUUCUGUAUACUGCUUUUAGCUAAUUGCUUCUUUGUACUGUCUUAUAAUUUGUUUUCCGUUCCUUCAUAUUUCUGUAAACAGGCAGUUAGAUCUAGAGGCUUGAUGGAAUUUGGAUCAGAUUUUCCCUAAAUCACCUUUAGUUCAUAGUUGGUGCUGUGUACUUCCUAUUACAUCACAUCAUGAGGCCCUUACAGUCUGGUGUCCCACUUUCAGUGAUGUCAUAUUGAUGUGUUUAAAUGCUGUCCAUUUAAUCCUUUCCUUUUUUUCACCUAAAGCGUGCAUUCUCAGGGUGGAGGAUAUCACCUUCCAAGUGGGUGAAACUUGGUUUUUGAGAAGGAAGAGGACAAAAACUCAUAGAGAAAUGAUGGUGCCCUACAACCUUCUAAGGAGUCCCAAAACACUGAUUUCUCUGGACUUUGCACACCUCCAAGAGAAGAACCCAGAAAAUUGAUCACUUCUGACAGUUCUAAAAAACUAUGCCCCACUUGUUGGUGACUUUCAGAGAUGUGGCCAUCGACUUCUCUCAGGAGGAAUGGGAAUGCCUGGACCCUGCUCAGAGGGACUUGUACAGGGAUGUGAUGUUGGAGAACUACAGCAACCUGAUCUCAUUGGACUUGGAAUCCAGUCGUACGACUAAAAAGUUAUCUCCAGAAAAGGAAAUUGAUGAAAUGGAAUCACUCCAGUGGGAGAAUAUGGAGAAACUUAUCAACCAUCAAUACAAUGGUCUUGGAGACAAUAUGGAGUGCAAAGGCAACUUAGAGGGUCAAGAAGCAAGUCAGGAAGGGCUUUACAUGUGUGUCAAAAUUACCUGUGAAGAAAAGGCCACUGAAAGUCAUUCAACCUCUUCUACUUUUCAUCGGAUAAUUCCUACCAAGGAAAAAUUGUACAAAUGUAAGGAAUGUAGACAAGGUUUCAGCUACCUCUCAUGCCUUAUUCAACAUGAGAAAAAUCAUAAUAUAGAAAAAUGCUCUGAAGUUAAGAAACAUAGGAAUACCUUUAGCAAAAAGCCAGGCUAUAUUCAACAUCAGAGAAUUCAGACUGGUGAGAAACCUUAUGAGUGUAUGGAAUGUGGAAAGGCCUUUGGUCGUAGUUCUGAUCUCAUUCAACAUCAGAAAAUUCAUACUAAUGAAAAACCUUAUCAGUGUAACGCAUGUGGGAAAGCUUUUAUUCGUGGUUCACAGCUCACUGAACAUCAGAGAGUUCAUACAGGAGAGAAACCAUAUGAAUGUAAGAAAUGUGGAAAAGCCUUUAGUUAUUGUUCACAAUAUACUCUUCAUCAGAGAAUUCAUAGUGGUGAAAAACCCUAUGAAUGUAAGGAUUGUGGGAAGGCCUUUAUUCUUGGCUCUCAACUUACUUACCAUCAGAGAAUUCAUAGUGGUGAGAAACCUUAUGAGUGUAAGGAAUGUGGAAAGGCCUUUAUUCUUGGUUCACACCUUACAUACCAUCAGAGAGUUCAUACUGGUGAAAAGCCUUACAUAUGUAAAGAAUGUGGGAAAGCCUUUUUAUGUGCCUCCCAACUGAAUGAACACCAGAGAAUUCAUACAGGAGAGAAACCUUAUGAAUGUAAAGAAUGCGGGAAGGCCUUUUUUCGUGGCUCACAACUUACUUACCACCUGAGAGUUCAUUCAGGUGAGAGACCCUAUAAAUGCAAAGAAUGUGGGAAAGCCUUUAUUUCUAAUUCUAAUCUUAUUCAACAUCAAAGAAUUCAUACUGGAGAGAAGCCCUACAAAUGUAAGGAAUGUGGAAAGGCCUUUAUUUGUGGCAAACAACUUAGUGAACAUCAGAGAAUUCAUACAGGUGAGAAACCCUUUGAAUGUAAGGAAUGUGGAAAGGCCUUUAUUCGUGUUGCAUAUCUUACUCAACAUGAGAAAAUUCAUGGUGAGAAACAUUAUGAAUGUAAGGAAUGUGGGAAGACCUUUGUACGUGCUACACAACUUACAUAUCAUCAAAGAAUUCAUACAGGUGAAAAGCCCUACAAAUGUAAGGAAUGUGACAAGGCCUUUAUUUAUGGCUCACAACUUAGUGAACAUCAGAGAAUUCACAGAGGUGAAAAACCUUAUGAAUGUAAACAGUGUGGGAAGGCUUUUAUUCGUGGUUCACACCUUACUGAACAUCUGAGAACUCAUACUGGAGAGAAACCCUAUGAAUGUAAGGAAUGUGGGAAGGCCUUUAGUCGUGGCUCAGAACUUACUCUGCAUCAAAGGAUCCAUACUGGUGAGAAACCCUAUACAUGUGUCAAGUGUGAUAAAGACUUUAGACGUCCUUCACAACUUACUCAACAUACAAGCUUUCAUAAUUGAGGAAGCCUUGAAUAUGAUUAAGAAAAUCUUCAUCAUCUAUUUCAUAUCUAUGAUGAAUGUAGAACAUCCUCUUGCUUCUGCUCAGAACUACUCAUUCUUAGAAGGCCUACAUUAACAUGGAUGCAGAAUAAUUUCAGAAACCCCUUAAAUAACUAACAUCUCUAUAAACCCUAGAAUAUAAUGCUGAAUUAUAUCCUUUAUUAAGCAUCAUCUCCAUUUCACCAUAUCCUAACUGAAAUUGUAUAUACUUCUUGUGUGUUUUUUUCUAUUUGUAAAAUACUGUAAUUGUAUUACAAUGACUAAAUUAUAAUUAAAUACAUAUAAUUCCCUUUGGAUAG